ACAGAAAAUCCUUCUCUCCAUCUUAACAUCAUUCUAGUUUAUAUUUCAACAUGGUAUCAGAGCCUAUCAGAACAUUAGCCCAACCGUAUUAGCGUCUAUGUACACAUAUUCCCAGAUUUAUCACUAUCCCAGAAACUUAGCCUUAACCCUGGUAUCCGGCAACCUCUUCGCUCACCUUCGAUCCCAGAAGGGCUGCCUUCCAUCGGCGACCAAACUCAUGAAGUCCACAGGAAAACGUUGACGCGCGUGACACUCACGUGCCGCCGCAAGUUCGCGUCGAUCUCCGCACACGCCAGCGCAUGACGGCUUGUCGCUGGCCGGAAUUUUUGUCGGAUACCACCCAUCGACUCGCCUGAGUGCCCUCUAUCUACCAGUGUAAUUUGUUCCAGGUUUUCUCGAGCUCUGAAUUUCAUUUCCUUUCAUUUGUCCACCAUUGUAUUUGGAAAACUCUUGCUGAACAGUCUGAACCUAGAGAAAGCCUUUCCCUUCAGUUACUUUGGGAGAUUGUUUAAAAGAUCUCAGACUUUCACCCGUGGUUAUGGUAUGGUAUGCGUACUCAUCUGCCGUGAGAUUUUGAAAGCCUUUAUUUGGGAAACCACGCCAUUUUGGAGGUGCUUCAGUUAUGUGUGCAUUGUGACUGAAAUAUUUUUGUAGAUCAUUGCUGCACAAUUUCACCGGUAAAAAAAAGAGUUGAAAUAAAAUGUCUUGUACGGGUCAGUUUGGCACAUAACAAACAUGCAAUUAUAUUGUAAGAAGUCCGGACACUUGAUCAAAGAUUGUCGUAAGUUGAGUAUGUCAAAUUUUUUCGCUACCAAGAAUCUCUAUAGCAUUCAUUUGUUCCUAUCUCGGUAGUCGCUAAUUCAUGUACUUCAAACACAUGUCUUGACUCCUCAUCCUCAAAAUGGGUCAUUGACUCAGAUGCCGCAGAUCAUUUGACCGAUAAUCCUAAUCUUUUCUCAUCAUUUCAUUCAUAUUUACCUACUUCUAGUGUAAUUUUGGCUGACGGGUCUACUUCACCAGUUCUCGGAUCAGGUACUGUUGUUCCAACUUCUACAUUACCAUUAUCAACUGUUCUGGGUCUUCUUACUUUUGCCUUUAAUCUUCUUUCCAUCGGUAAAAUCACGCGUACCCUUAAUUGUUCUGUAACAUCUUUUUCCUGGAUAUUGUGUGUUUCAGGAUCUGUUGACGAAGCAAACUAUGGAUAAGGGACAUGAGCCGGCUGAUCUUUAUAUUUUGGAUACAUCAAUCACAGAAGGUAUCUCUUGUCUUGGGGUUGGAAAUUUGUUUGAAGCUCAUUACCAACUAGGACACCCAUCUCUCCCACUUAUGUGAGAGAGCAAUUUGCAAUGUGAGUCAUGUCAAUAAGGUGUCAUCUUUACAAUGUGAGUCAUGUCAAUUUGCAAAUCACCAUCGUACUAGUUUAAGUCCUCGAGUUAAUAAGCGAGCAAAUGCUCCUUUUGAUCUUGUCCAUUCUAAUGUUUGGGGGGGAUUGUCCUUUUGUGUCUAAAUCUGGUUUCGAAUAUUUUGUUACAUUUUUAUGAUUAUUCAUGUAUGACUUGGUUAUAUUUUAUAAAAUGCCGAUCAAAGUUGCAACUCAUUUUCCUGUGUUUUGUGAUGAAAUUAAAACCCAGUUUAAUGUUCCUAUUCGGGUGUUAAGAGGAGACAAUGCCCAAGAAUACUUAUCUGCUGCAUUUAAAUCAUUUAUGCUUCAACAUGACAUCAUUCAUCAAACUUCAUGCGUGAACACACCUCCUCAAAAUGGAGUUGUGGAACGAAAGAACCGACAUCUGUUCGAAACUGCAAGUGCUCUUCUAUUCCAAAUGAAUGUGCCUAAACAGUUUUGGGCUGAUGUCGUGCCUACCGCAUGUUUUUUGAGAAAUCGUAUGUCAUCUUCUGUUCUGAAUGGCAAAGCUUUGUAUCACUCUAUAUUUCAAAAUAAAGAGCUUUUUCCUAUGCCACCUAAAAUAUUUGGUAGCACUUGUUUUGCUAGAGAUGUUAAUCCUCAUCUUACAAAGCUAGAUCCCAAAUUAUUAAAAUGUAUUUUCGUAGACUAUUCUUGAGUUCAAAAGGGGUAUAGAUGUUUUUGUCCAAGUAUUGGUCGGUAUCUUGGUCUAUUGAUGCAUCAUUUCAUAAAAAUACACCUUUUCAUCAUCUAAGGUAGAUAUUCAUGAGAAUAAUGAUGAUAUACUUAUUUACACGAUGACAGUACCGAAGUCCACAUUUUCGACAAUUAUUCCAUAAAUUACUAUUCCUGACCCUAGGCGCCAAAUCGCUUCAUAUAUAAUAUAUAAUAUUAUUAUAAUAUGCAUAUAUAAUGAAAUAACAUACUUUGUAUUAUAAAUAAAUUAUAAAUUUUAAAGUUAAAAAUAUAAAACAAAGUAAAAGGAUAAACUCAUGAGAAAAUAUCUGACAAUUUAAUUAUAAUGAAAAUAUCUGCAGAAUAAUGCAAGUGUAGCAGACAUUUAUUCAAUGGAAAGAGAUAUUAGAUGGACUCCAGCCAGGGGCGUAUCUACUAUGGGGGCGGGGGGGCAGCUGCCCCCACUCAACCCCCACCCAACCCCAUUAUAUAUAUAUAAAUUUUAUUUGUGUACAUAUAUCAUUGUCAUAUGUAUAGUAUAAUAAUGUUUAAAAUCCUAAAUUUAAUGAAAGAGUUGUAGCCCAGCGGUAGAAGUGACGCACGCGUAAGAACUGUGGUCAUGUUCGAAUCCCACAAGCCACUUCAUUGUAGUUUUUUUUGCUUUCCUUUAAAUUGUUUAAAAUUUGUUCAAAUGUAAAACUUAAAUUAAUUUUUUUUUAAUGCAGCUAAUAAGUGAUAUGUAAUUUCAUCAACAUCUUUGCAUAAUUAGUAUUAAAAGUUAUUUAUUUGUAA